GAGGAGGAACCACCCGGCAGCUGCACCCCCGACUGCCUCAUUUCCCCAGCUCCCUCCUCAGCAGCGAGACGUCCGCCGUGGGCCCCCACCAGCUCAGCCAUGGCCUGGGUGCUGAGGGUGGUCGUCCUCACCUGGGCGCUGGCAGCUGUGAGUAGAGGGGCCGAGCUGUCCCAGGAGCUGUUGCCCUCUUCAGGGCUUCAGGACUGCAAGAAGAACUUGAAGGUCCCGAGUCUGGAAGUCCUCCCUGGUGGGGGCUGGGAUAACCUGAGGAAUUUGGAUAUGGGCAGAGUCAUCAACCUGGGCUACUCGCUGUGCAAGACCACUGAAGACGGGUCCUACAUCAUCCCAGAUGAGAUCUUCACCAUCCCUCGCAAGCACAGCAACCUGGACAUCAACUCUGAGAUCAUCGAGUCCUGGAGGAAUUACCAAAGCAUCACCUCUUCCUCCAUCAACCUGGAGCUGUCCCUCUUCUCCGCCAUCAACGGCAAGUUCUCUUACGACUUCCACCAGACCAAGACCCACCAAGUACAGGACCAGGCUUUCACCACCCGAGUACAAGUCAGGAACCUGGUUUACACCGUCAAGAUUGACCCAGGAGCAGGUCUGGACAAGAGCUUCAAGAAGCAGCUGAUGGUGAUUGCCAGCCACCUGGAGAACAACCAGACACGGAUGGCUGAUUUUCUGUCUGAAGUGCUGGUGCUCAACUACGGCACCCACACCAUCACCUCUGUGGAUGCUGGAGCCAGCUUGGUCCAGGAAGAUCAGAUCAAAACAACCUUCCUGAAGGAUAGCUGGGCCAUGAAGAAUGCCAUCACGGCCUCGGCCGGCAUAGCCUUCCACAGCAUCAUCAAUAUGAAAGCCGAAGGCUCCCAGGACACCAGCUCCUCCUUCACCAAGCAGUACCUGGAGAACCGUACCAACUCCAGGGUGGAGAGUGUUGGUGGGAGCCCCUUUUACCCAGGCAUCACCCUCAAGACGUGGCAGGAGGGGAUUAGCAACCAGCUGGUGGCCAUCGACCGCUCGGGGCUGCCCCUGUACUUCUUCAUCAGCCCCAGCACCCUGCCAGAGCUGCCCACCCCCACGGUGAAGAAGCUGGCCAAGCGAGUGGAGGCGGCCAUCCGCCGCUACUACACCUUCAACACCUACCCCGGCUGCACCGAUGCCACCUCACCCAACUUCAACUUCCACGCCAAUGCUGACGAUGGCUCCUGCGAGGGGACCAUGACCAACUUCACCUUCGGGGGAGUCUUCCAAGAGUGUACCGGGCUUUCCGGCCCUGACACUGGUGCUCUGUGCCACGCGCUGGAGCAGAAGAACCCCCUCACGGGGGAUUUCUCCUGCCCCACUGCCUACACACCGGUGCUGCUGGGCAUGCAGGAGCGGGAGGAAGGCCACAGCCACCUGGAGUGCCACAACAAGUGCACCCUGGUCAUCUUCUGCCACCGCGUGUGCCAGGAUGUCUUCUGGCUCUCCCGGGUUCAAUUCAGAGCCUACUGGUGUGCUGCGACGGGCACGGUGCCCCAGGACUCAGGCUACCUCUUCGGGGGGCUGUUCAGCAGCCACAGUGCCAACCCCCUCACUGGCGCCCAGUCCUGCCCCUCGGGGUACUUCCAGCUGAAGCUCUUCGACGACCUCAGGGUGUGCGUGAGCCAGGAUUACGAGAGCAGCAUCCAGUACGCCGUGCCCUUUGGGGGCUUCUUCAGCUGCCAGGCGGGGAACCCCCUGGGGGGGCAGCACCACGGCACCGCCGAAGACCCCUACACCAAGCGCUGCCCCGCGGGCUUCAGCCAGCACUUGGCGCUGAUCAGCGACAGCUGCCAGGUGGAUUACUGCGUCCAGGCCGGCGUCUUCACGGGGGGCUCGCUGCCCCCCGCUCGCCUGCCGCCCUUCACCCGCCCCCCCGCCAACCUGCCAGCCACCGACACCGUGCUGGUGAGCAGCGGGGAUGGGGAGAGCGCCUGGGUGAGGGACGAGCAGAGCCACGUGUGGCGGCCGGCACAGCCCGCCGAGAUCCAGCACGCAGCCGAGAUGGUGAGGGGCCGGCGGCUGACGGGGGGCGAGGUGGCUGGCGUGACCGCGGCGGUGGUCGUGGGGCUGGCCACCCUCCUGGCCAUGGUCAGCUACGGCCGCUGGAGGUACAGGAUGAGGGGGUACCGGGCAAUGGGGGAAGGGGACAGCCUGCCCGUGGGGAGCCCGGAGGACAGCGCUGUGGUGAGCGUGGGUGACGGGUACCAGCAAGAGACAGAGGGGCUCACGGCAUGAGCAUCCCUCGGGUCCCGGUGCUGGGCAAUGCUUUGAGCCCCCGGUCUAGGCAAAGCCCCCCCCUGCUCCUCAGCCCCUAUCCCCACAGAGGCCCCAGGGCUUCCCCCAGCUCCAGCCUUGAGCACUGCCUCUCUCCCCGCUCCAGACUCCCUGACUGACUUCUGACGCCACCUCCUGGGGCUGUCCCAUCACCCUGACCCACCACCAUACGCCCCUGCACGUUCCCUCUCCCAGGCAGCCGUCGCUUGAGAACUAAACAACCCCAUACCUCAUCACAGGCCAUGCCUCCUCUCUGCCCCCAGAGACAGAAAAGGGGAACCAGGGCCCUGCAACCAGCCCCUGAAGCCCGUGGGGUGCCAAAGGACAACGAAAUCCCAGGCUGCCCCCACAGAGCCAGGGGAAGCCAUGCGACACCCCCUGCCUGACCCACUGGGACACCAGCAAGUCUCGGCUCCAUUGCAGAGAGUUCCUGCGUGUAAAAGCACGGGCUCGGGGUGCACGCAGUGCCCGACCCCUUGGACCACCCCCCAUUCCCCCACAGAGCCCCCCCAGCUGUUUUUGACACCCAGGGCCAGCACCGAUAGCAUUAGCAAUGCUCGGACUGCUGGGGAAGGAGGGAGCAAAGGGACUCCCCCCCCCAUCUCCAUGUAUAUCUAGCGUGGUAGAUAUACACACACGUCGAGAGGCACGGAUCAGUUUUAUUUCGGCCAGCAACUAAUUGCAUAGGCAACACGGCAUUAAAAAA